CCAUUCACACCCUCACUACUGACCAGCAAGACAUAAAGAUCUGCAACACCUCAGGAGGACUAAGUACAAGCAGUCUAGAGCUUAACACAAAGCCUCAAGAAGACUGCGGGAAUCCCAGUACAACCACAAAGGAAGGCAACGCUUCUGAAGAAGAUGCAUGCUUGACCAUCUGCUUAUAAACCUCUAGAUUUGUUCCGUGAGUAACGAAGAGAACAUACUAAGGAAGAUGAAGUACUAUCAGUGCCCGCUGACCCCAAGUGUGACCUACCAAGGCUGCAGCUCCAAGGCUGAGCGCCCCAAGCCCUGUUGUCACCCUCACAAAUCCACCAAGCCCGUCCGCAACGUCCACUUCCCCAACGAUGUGCUCUUCCAGGAUUACGUUCGCCACGGAGAGCUCGAGAGAAUUGGAUGCUUCAUCCGGACCAAGAGGGUGACCCUCGACACCAUCUACCACUCUGGCAUGGCAGCAAUCCACGAGGCCGUGCUCUCGGGGAACCUGGAGUGCGUCAAGCUGCUGGUGAAGUAUGGGGCUGACAUCAUGCAGAGGGACGAGGAAGAAUGGACGCCACUGCACAUGGCCUGCAGCGAUGGCUUUCCCGAGAUUGCCAAGUACCUGCUAUCUCUAGGUGCUGAUCAAGAGGCAGAGAACGAAUGUGGUGAGAAGCCUGCAGACCUUAUUGAUGCAGACUGCAAGGAGCUCGUGGAGCUGUUCGGGGUGGGUGGAGACUGAGCUGGCACUGCCCUCCUGCCUCAACUGGACUCUCUCCUCCUCCUUCUCAGUUGCCACACCAAUAGAAGGGCCGGAAUGGAACUAGGGAGAAGCCACUGUUGCUAUGGUGGAACUCUUGGGAUUCCUUGUUGAAGGGUGCCCCUAGUUACACUAGUCUAGGCCUGGAAUAUGGGCAGACUACAGUGUUUAACUACAAUGAAGUUGCAGCACUGUUGCUCAUGUGGAAUCACUCUUGCGUCGGUGACUGAUAUAGCCUGUGUAGAAAACUGCACACAAAUCUUUAAUGUCUGUUAACUAAUUUCAUUUUGUGUGAUGGAAGGUUAUUAACCAUCCUAAAAGUAGCACUUUUGACCUUGUAAAAAAUCAUGAGAGCUUUGUUCUAGCAUGUUUGUUAUCCCGAAAUAUACUUUUCACUGUAGUUAUAAUUCCGGUUAUUGUUCCUACCUUGCAUGGCCUUAUGCUAAGUCUUAAUUUUUUAUACUUUUUUCUAUUAAAGCUUUUUUUAAGUAAA